UAGGGACGAAAUGGGACAGGCACAACGUGACGAAUUCCAUUCCAUUUGAUUUGCAGGUAAUAUGGGUGUGCAUCCUUUGUCGCAAGAAGCAAGAGUUGCUGUCAAAGACCGGGCAAUGGAUAACGAAGACGGGCCUGGCCGCCGGGGACAACGCGAUGGUGCGACGAAUGCAGGACAUGCAGGUGGGUGGUCCUCCGGGACUCGUGGACCAAACUCAGGAUAAAAGACCGAAACUCGAGAGAGCGCACAGCGCGGCCGAAAAGGAGAAUUUGCCAUUGUUACUAAGCAGCGGAAGUUUGCUCAGAAGGCAGUACUCUCAGCAAGAGCAAGGCCCAGGGCGUCGACUGCCGACGAGCGAUAGCGGAGUGGACAUGUCCGUUUCGCCACACUCGAGAAGCCUUCCGACGCCCCACCUAGCGUCAUCCCAUCAGGUCCAACAACCGCCCAGGCAUCCGGACGCUUACGCGGAGGAUGACCCGAAUCUGUACAGAGGGGAGAUCGACGGUCUCAUGAAACAGCAGAACUACCAGCAGAGGCAACGGCCGAUCUACCCGGUGAGUGGGACCUACCCGGUUCUCUCUCGAUUGGUUCAGCCCCCGGGAACGAACGGUGGCGAUACG